AUGGAGGGACCGUGGAGAGUAAACGGUUAUAGAAUACAGCCGACAAGAUCGAUAAUGGCGCAGUGAUAAUGCGGAGUGUAGAAUAUUCGGGACCGAUUCCGAGGUGUCGGAAAACAGGGAAAGUAAAACGGUGUUCAGACGUAAUCGAAACGUCACCGUCGUCGAAAAACGGUUUUCUUCAGAAUUUGUAUUUGGGUUCCGCGAGUGGCACGAAAACCCGUUUUCUUUUCCGAAUGAUCGUGGCCAUUAUUACGCGCGUUACGUCAAACGCCCAUUGACCAUUACUCCGCAUGUACACGACUGUACGACGAACAUUUCCACCGUCCAAUUCACAUAUAGUCUGCUAUAUUUAAUCGUUUUCAAGAUGUUCGGCCCGUGAAAAAUUCGUUCUAGUUUACUAUUCACUCGUAUUGCUAUUGGAAUCAUUUAUUGGCGCGCGAAUCAUUCUCGGAACUUUCUUCUGUACUGGACUAUCGGUUUUCUUUGGUCAAUUUUUUGUGAACAGCCACGUUUCCGCUCCGUAUGUGAUAACCCGACGUGUAUAAUAAUGUAUUGUACCUGAUCUACAUGCGGCAAAAACAAUACGGACUCACUGCGGUGGUAUGCCCAAGAAAUAUCAAUGGGACGGGAUGUAGCAAAUAAAAAUCACGAAUAAACCAUAAAUUCAUCUUCUAUAUCCAAAUUCACUGUGGGAAUUUGUAAUUUGAAAACCAUAUCCUAAAAAAAGCCAAUUUCUAAUCAAUAUGUUAAGUUUUUCUUCGUAAUUUGUCUAAAAUAUAUGCAUUACGAUUAUUACAUUAAAUUACUCAUAUUUUUUUUUGUAUUUUAAGCAACGGGGCGGGGGAUACAACCCGUAACCUCUCCCACGCCACUGUCAUAUUCUGCCCUCUCGUUUUCCUAUACUGACGGGGGAAAAAAAACACAAAUCGUGUACGUAGAAAUUAUGUACGAUUUAAGUAUUUAUGUAUUGGAAAAAUAAAAAAAUCGCAAUUUAAAUCCUUCGCCAACGGUGGCGGUGGUGGUGGUGGUGAUGGUGUAGUGGGAAAAACUGUCUGCAGCAAUGAUCGUGUAUAUAUUAUUAUGUACUUGCACACACACAAACGCGCAACAAUCGCGAGCCUCGAGCUUUUUUCCAUACGUAUAUAUAUAUGCGUAGGUACCUAAGUGAAAACGAUUGAAAUUUAUUUUAUACAUAAUGCGCAUUGCACGUUACAGUUAUACAGUCUGCGGAGUCUGAUGCAAAGCAACUUGAAAAACCAAGGGACCGCGCCGCUGGGCAACAAUUUCCGACCGCCUCAACCGCUGCACAAUCGGCUGGUGCGCACCAAUAUCGAUUUCAACCUGAGAAAGGUAAUUUACUGUAAAUAUUAUUUUAAAAAAAAAAAAAAAAAUAAAUAUAUAUACAUUCAUAUGUGCCAGGUACCUAUAUUAUAAUAUUAUGUAUACGUAUAUCCGUUUACCUAUUGCGUAUUCCGAAUAUGGAUUCGAUGUUAUUAAUUUGUCAAUUUGUUAAUAUUGUCAAGUUGGUAUAAACCAUAAUCGUUUUACCGGAUUUCAUUUUGACAGUAUUGUUAGAGAAAAGGUUUUGAGAUUGCUUCUGGUUUAUAGCGAAGAUGUGUUAUUGGUUUUUGCCGUUACUCGUUUUUUACGCGAAAAACCUUUUUUCGGUAAGUGAUAAUCUGCUUCAAAUUAUUUACACCGUCACGCUUCGUACAUUAAAAAAUGCGGAUAUUUCGACCGGGUGGAACUUUAUCUCGACAAAUUGUCUGAAUUCCAAACACUUGAAAAAAGUGACAACCGUCAGUUUUAUUUCAAUAGAUAGCUGUAAUAUUACUAUGGUCACAAGGGAAGAACGUGUUUAAACAGCAGAGCACGGUCACUAGAGUUGAAUCCUUCCCCCCCCCUUCCCGCCAUAUGUAUAAUAAAUAUAUUUUUUGGUAAAAAAAUAAAUAAUAUCACUACAUUACCUACUUUCAAAAAUAUUAAUUAUAUUAAUAAUUUGAGGAUAAUCACGGUAAAAGCAUCACGGUUGAAAGUUGAAAAUCAUCAAUAUACGUUCUUGAUGCACCGUGUGUAUACAAAAUUUCAUCCCCCGGGCUUUUUUUGGUAGGGUUCAAAGAUAAAAAAAAAAAUGCACUAUUCUCCAAUAACAAUGUAGAUAAAUUGAAACAUUAAAAUGUAAUCCAACUUUUAUCUACACCAAUUAGCCUAUAAAGUAACUCCAGAGUUUGAGAUAGUUUGGGUUAGAAGAAGCUGUGAGGAAUUAUACAUAAUUGUAGUGCAAAGAAAAAUACUCGAAACAAUAGGCUAAAAUAUAGGUCUCUAAUAUUUUGUACCUUUUAAAGAAAUUGCAUCUGAUUGGUACUUUAAACAUGUUAUUUUUCAAUAUUCUAGAGGAUUUUCAUGGGAAAAAUACAAGGAAAAAAGGAAAAUCUAUGAAAUGUAUUAUUUUCAAUUUUGUGAUUCAAUUAAAAAUAUUCGUUGAAACAAAAAUUUAUAUAUUUUUUUUUUUUUAUAGAUAACGUGGUAAUACUGUAAAAACAUUUGAGCCAUAUCUGUGCUCUUUUAUAGACAUUUUAAUUAUAUUAGUUUAAUUUUUAUUCGGUAGGUAAUUUAUGGAUAAAAUUACUAGUCCAGACAGAAAUGUUUGAAAAUUUGACAUAAAGUUCAUUAUAAUUCGUACUUUGCGGUCAAAAAAAAAAAAAAAAAUCGAUUGAAAUAAAAAAUUUUAUUAAUAAGAAUUUUUAUAUCAAAUUUGAAUAUUACUUCUUUUUAAAACAUGUUUAACCGAACAUCAUUUAGAAUUGUUGCGUACAGAUAUAAAUUAAAUUCCCAUCUGGAUCCUAAUGUCCCAACUUCUCACCUACAACAGCGGCCCAUUCAUUGCGUGAAGUAUGUCAGUCUUUUUUUUUUUUUUUUUUUUACAUACAAUACACCUACAAUAUUAAAAUAUUAUUUUGUACGGACGUUCGAUCGUUAACUCUGAAAAACGUCAACCAUACGUAAGGGGAAUAUUGUACCCAACAUUUUAAUUGGGUUUCUUUUAUUCACGAGCCUUUUAUACUGUGAUGAAUUUUACCCCGAUCAGAGAAAUUGACACUUUAUGGGAUUAUUAAUAUUAUAUUAUAUUGUCGCUAUCGGUAUCGCUUUGUAAUCAUUUGAAAACAAGUUCAUAGUAACUAUUGUUUCAUAAUGCAAAAAGUUAAAUUAAAAUUACGAUUCCGUUUUAACAGCGAUAAUGCUGCGGCUGUCGAACGCGGUAUUAUCCAACGCAUAGCGAAUAACGGUAUGCGGUUGUGCGCGGUUUUUGACUGCAUACUCGAACGCCGGCGUUUUAUGUUGUAGUGUCGACAAAAACCUCGUCAAAAACCUUUGAAACAAUAUAAUAAUUGUGUAAAUAACCUAUAUGCAUGUAUCGUUUCGAUAUAUUUCAACCCUAUCCGUAGGAGACACAAGAAUUAUUAAACGGCGAUAUUUCACGUAACCACGUCUCUCUGAUUAACACAAAAGAUACCCAAGCAUAAUGGGAACGAGUGCAGCCACUAUUAUACGUAAUUUAAUGUACAUCUGUAAGCAACGAUAAACCAUCGCUAACGAAAUGAAAACGGAUUUCAGUCGAUAGUGAUUCUUUGUCAACAAUAUACAUGUUACGCAUUAUGGUAAAAUAAUCAAAUAUGCAUUAUACAUUUUCUUUGAUAAUAUUUGUUCAACGCUGUACCGAUUUCACCGUUUUUCUAAGUUUCUCUCGGUCUCCCGUGUUUUUUCCCGGUUUUUCAUAAUUUUUAAGUAAACUCCUGGGAAAAUCGAAAAAUGGCCUCCUUACAGUACCUCCCCACGCUGAUUUUCUUUCAAAAAACGUGCUAUUGAAAAUCGAAGCAAGAUAUUUGGUAGAUAAGUUGCCCACAGAUAAAAAAAAAAAAAAAAAAACAUUUUUGUAAAACCAUAAUCUUCUUCAAUCCACCUAGAAUCUGAAAUAGCGAAAAAAAUAGCGUCGACGUUAUGUGCUUAUCAUAAUGUUCUUCUCUUGUUGCGCGUUUGUAAGAAAAAUGGAAACAUACAACGCAUAGUAGGACGUUGGAAAAUAAUAAGAAAACUUUCUAAAAUCCAUGGCAUGUCCUAUAACUUAUACGCGGUGUAAAACAAUUGGAGGUUUUUUACUAAUCGAAAAGAUGUUUACAUACGUUAAAAAAGAAAUAAUAAUUAUAAUAGUAAACAUACUAUUCAAAUACAUUAGUAUAAACCAAUAUUAUCGAGUUUUUGAACUAGAAGAAUGAUAUUAUCUAAAUGGAUUUUUGUUUUUCAUAUUAAUUUUUUAUACCAACCGGUGUAAAAAGAAAAAUCCUAGCGAACAACGGUCAAGAGGACGACUGGGCGAGCAUUUUUUGAUCUGUGAAAGCAUUGGGUCAAAAAACAUUUUGUCUCGAAAUGAAUAAGAACAAUCGUAAAAAACAACCUAUAAUGAAAAUAGCAUAACACGAUUUUAAUUAUAAAACGACACGGUGACCAUUAAGUUUAUUAUCGCUUUCAAAAAAAAGUUACGUAUUUCUUUUUGUAAUUAUUGUGAAAAAGGCCACUUUUCAAUCUACCGUCUUGUUCGAAUUAAAUAGAAAAUCGAUUUGACGUCGUACCCCAGAUAACGUUGUUUUCGUUAUAUUUACAUACAGAGUACAAAUUCUAGAAUCUCAUUGAAGAGUACAAUUGUUGUUGUUUAUUACCACGGGACCGUGUUUUUGAACGGAUUUCACGAUUACACAAUAGAAAACACACGCGAUUAAAACCCAUUUCAAAAUUAACCCCUCCGCGAUACAUUAGGAGGAGUUAAAAAUCACUGUUUAAACUUUACUCCCGGACCUGGUUAAAUUUCACUAGUGAACAGUGAAUAUUUACACCCGAUCGAAUAUCACGGUGCCAGUUUUCGCGGUUAUUCCGGGACCAUUUUAAAAUUUAUACGAAUGUCGAUUUUAAUGUUUUCGAAGCGAAAAUUGAUUCAAAUUUUCAAUAAUUCUGUUAAAAUCGUCCACACUAAAAGUUGUUUCGUUUUUCUUUUAUACUAGACGUUUAGUUGGCGCAUUGGUGAGGAAGUGAUAUCAUUUGAUUUUCUUAGCGAUUUUCUGUCAACCUUCGGUAGGUAUAAGUUUUGUCGGAUUGUCUCAGUAACGAUUGAAAAAAUGCGGCUAAUAAUACCCGCCUCAGAAUAGUUUUCCGUUACCAACGGUCUAUCGUUGCGUACAGAUAUACGGAUACAUAAAUUAUAAUAUCCUUCCGGUUGUUUUCAUUCCUGUAACGGCGGCACACCCGUCAGCGGUAUAGGCCAUUUUUUGUGUUUUGUUUUGGGUUUUUUCUUUUUUUUUUUUUACGAGGGAAAAUAAUCGUCGUGCGGAAUAAUGGUUUCGACGUGGCGUAACCUAUACAUUAUAUUAUUAAUUUUGUUUGUCGGUUUAAAAAAACAAAAAAUACGUGUCUACAUAUAUAUAUUGUAUAAACGUCGACUUGUAUACCUGUAAAUUGAUUGAAACUAUACGAGUCUAACGAUAAAAAAAAAAAAAAAAUAGUAUAAUAAUAAUAAUAAAUAAAUAAAAAACCCGUCGUCGUCGUUAGUUUGUCGAGUUUAAAAACUGCCGGAACAACGGACGCUUUUAUUUUUUCGUAUUUGUUUUUAUUAAUUUUUUUUUUUCAUUCGCAGGACGAUGAAAAAUACUGCCCGAGCAUGCACAAAGAAGUAUACUACAAGGGUAAGUUAAUUGCCGGUUAUACGUUUGUCACGAUUUAUUUAUUCAUUUAAUAGCCGGCCGCGUGUCGGCGAACAAAUUUACACGAGCAGAGUUCUUUUUUUUUAUCUAUGCCCCCAUAUACACCCCUAUUUAUACCUACCUUUAUUAUAAUAUAGUAUUCCUCGCCGCUUCUCCCACCGAAACGCCGCCGCCCACACUUCCGACCACCCGGUACAUACACAACACAGUUGUAUACCGCGGUUAUAUUACAACCUCGGCGUAUACCUAUAGCGGAUAAUAUCGGGUCGCGUGCAUAAUUUAUACCGUCAUUUCUCCGGUUCGCCACAGCGAAUUUUGUGCGAACGCAGACCCGUACCGCCUUUGCGUUACGUACACUUACCUACACAGAAUAUUAUAAUAAUACGCGUUUUGUUAUGUGUUUCAGCCAACGAGUGGAAACCGCACUAAUGUGUAUGGGUACUAUCCCUAUAUACGAUACACUACAUGUUACACACACACGCACACUGUACUCGAGCCGAAAAACAUAACAUAACGCAACUGGAAAAUCCGUCGUCACCGGAAAUCGGAAAAACGACAUCUUUAAAAAAAAAAAAUAUAUAUAUAUAUAAUAAGUGUAAAAAUAUUAAAAAAUUUAAAAAAAAAAAAAAAAAAAAACAUAAGUAUAAUAUUUUAUGUAUCAUAAUAUUACGCGAGAAGAAAAUUUCAAUCGAAAUAUGGCUUUUCCGAUGUUUCUACGUAAAAUAAUAUUAUUAGAAAAAAAAAAAAAAUAUUCUCAAAAAAUAAUGCACUACUUCCCUCACACCUUACCCUCACCGAGGACUCUGAACUGACCGGUUUCGGCAGACGCGAUGAAAGCUCGGGUGUAAUUCCCCGUACCUUUCGUUUUUUACCGUCUGUCCGCGUAUUAUAUUAAUAAUUUUUCAGUUUUUUUUUUCUCGUCAAAUAAUAUGCGUUAGUUUUUUAUAGCUCAUCAACUCGCUAAUUUACUUUAAUAAACAAAUAAACAAAAUAUUACUUAAAUUAUUACGGCGCGGAAGUUAUCGC